UGAACUAUGAGCUCGGAUCUCUUUCUUAAACAAGGGGAAAGGCGGAUCCAUUGGGUUUCUUGGAAAGCGAUGUGCCUCGGUAAGCAGGAGGGUGGGUUGGGUUUCCGUAGAUUUGAAGAGUUUAAUCAAGCUCUUCUGGCUAAGGUGGCCUGGCGAAUCUGGAAGGAUCCCAAUUCCUUGUUGGCUCGAGUGUAUAAAGGGAAAUACUUUCCCAAUUCAAGUAUCUUGAGUGCAAGGAUUGGGUCUCUCACAUCUUGGGGAUGGCGUGGAAUUCUUCGAGGGCGUGAUCUGCUUCUCCAAGGGCUUCGAUGGCAAAUUGGGUCAGGGGAUUCAGUAGAAGUGCUCACUGAUAAUUGGGUGCCAGCUCUACAUCCGUUUCCCCCCAAACCGCGACAGGGUAUUAUUGGAGUGGAAGGCAAAGUGACGUCUUUGAUUUGUCCUAAUCAGGGUGUCUGGAGGGUAGAUUGCCUUCGUCAGAUCUUUGAAGAAGACACGGUUAAAGCUAUCUUGGCUAUUCCUCUCCCCAUUAAGGUUGUGCCAGAUCGCCUGGUCUGGGAUGGAGAAAUCUCUGGAUGUUAUACUGUCAAAUCAGGGUAUCACAAGGCGGUCGAGUUAAGACGGCAGAAGGAGCUGCAGGUGAAGGCAGUCGCUCUAUCCUGGGACCGUAGCCUGUGGAAACGAAUUUGGGCCACUCCGAUACCGCCUAAACUGCGGUAUUUUAUUUGGCAGCUUGUCCGGGGUGUCUUGCCAACUGGUGAGGCACUGAGUACUCGCGGGAUGGAGGGGCUGGAGCCAUGUCCAGUCUGCGGGGAGGAGGUGGAGUCUCUUGAGCAUCUCUUCUUCCGAUGUCGUGUAGCGCUGCAGCUCUGGGAGGGGGCCGAGCUUCACCUGCUGAGAGAUCGGUUCCCCCUUAACAAUAUGAGCAUCUUUUGGCGCAGGGUUCUCGAGGAAGGCAAUUUGGACCGGAGCACGCUGAUGCGGGUGGUGGCUCUUUUUUGGCGUGUUUGGCGUGCGCGAAAUUGGGUUGUGUUUGAUUUCACUCAGUUCAUUGUCCCUGUUUUGCUUUCUCAGUUUCGUUCGCAGGUCACAGAGUGGGAUUCCGUUCCUGAUAAUCAACAAAGGCCGCCUUUUCCAGGUCCUGGGGGUCCUCGCCUAGCGGUUAGAGAGUCAGUCCCGCCUGGGGAGUUAGUGUUGUUUGUUGAUGGGGCCACGCUGCGUGGUUCCCACGGGGCUGGAGGUUGGGUUUUGCAGGAUCCAUCGGGCGUGGUGGUGGCGGCUUCAGCGGCCUUGUAUGUGGGGAUUUUUGAUCCCUCCUUGGUGGAGCUGUUAGCUUUUCGGGAUGCGAUUCGUUGGUGUUUGGCACGAGGUCUUCAUUCUAUCGUCUUUGCUGGGGAUGCACAGGUGGUGAUUAGAAGGAUUCGAGAAGGUCAGGUUGAUGAUGUUCAGGGUGGCACGGUUUUGGAAGAAAUUCGAUGCUUGACGGGCUCGUUUUCGGUGUUUGAUAUUCGGUUUGUUGGUAGGGAUUGUAACAGGGUUGCCCAUUUGGUGGCGAGAAAAGCCCUUUCGUUGUUCCCUCACUUAGGAGGGUUCGAUUUUGUUUCUUGGCUGUUUUCAGCUGUGUGACUUGUUAUAUCUGGCUUUCUCGGUAAUACGAGUGAUCUUUUGGCAAAAAAAAAAAAAAAAAAAGCUCGGAUCUCGGUGGAAGGCUGCUAAUAAAACUGAACUUCAGGA